GGAGUCCAGUGUACCAGUUAUCGAUUACCGUUCUUCGUUAAAAGUAGAAGGCUUUGAUGUUAAAGAUGAGGUUGCUUUUGUUGUUGGGUUUUUUAACCGCGGCAGUUUCUUCUAGCAACGGUGCCGAUAAUAAACCUAAGGGCCCCAGAGUCACCGACAAGGUGUGGUUCGACAUUAAAAUAGGCGGGGAAAAUGCAGGAAGAAUAGAAAUUGGCCUGUUCGGUAAAACCGUUCCCAAGACUGUGAAAAAUUUUGUCGAACUCGCUCAGAAACCGGCAGGGGAAGGAUACAAAGGCAGCAAGUUUCAUAGAGUUAUCAAAGAUUUCAUGAUCCAGGGAGGAGAUUUUACUAAAGGAGAUGGAACUGGUGGCUAUAGCAUCUACGGGGCUCAAUUUGCUGAUGAAAAUUUCAAGCUGAUACACUAUGGUGCUGGCUGGGUAUCCAUGGCAAAUGCUGGGGAAAAUACUAAUGGAUCUCAGUUCUUUAUCACCCUUAAGAAGACUCCAUGGCUGGAUGGUAGACACGUUGUUUUCGGAAAAGUUUUGAAAGGAAUGGAUAUCGUUAGGAAAAUCGAAGGGGUAAAAACAGAUAAUCGUGACAAACCUUCCUUAGAUAUCGUUAUCGCAGAUUGCGGAGCAGAAGAGGUUCCUGAAGGAAUAAGUGUAACAAGGGAUGAUGCCGUCAACUGAAAACUGCUACCAGAAUGGAACAGCCUGUGUUCAACGCAUACUCUGUGUCAACUUUGAUUACAUUAUUAUAAAUUUGUUAAUGACAAUUCCAAACGUAUCCAUUUUUCUACUACGUGAUAUUUUGUACGUACAAUACAUUUUUAUUACAAGAUCAUAAAUAUUA